GGAUACGGCCUGAGAAUCUGCAUUUCUAACAAGCCUCCAGGUGACGCUGAUGUUGCUGGUGCUGAGACCAUACUUUGAGAUUGGAACACAGGAAUCAUUUUUGGAUUCUCCAUACUCUUUUCAGAAGAGGCAGAAGUGGAUGUGAGAGAAAGAGAGACACAGAGAGACAGAGAGCCAAAGAGGGCAAGAGACUUGACUUUAAGAGACUGCUGUACUGACAACUCCAUGCAGUUCGGAACCAGAACGACUCCGGCUGAACCAGGGUUCAUGGGGACAUGGCAAAACGCUGAUACUAACCUCUUAUUCAGAAUGUCCCAACAGGCCAUCCGCUGCACACUGGUGAACUGCACGUGUGAAUGUUUCCAGCCGGGGAAGAUUAACCUGAGGACUUGCGAUCAGUGUAAACAUGGCUGGGUGGCACAUGCCUUGGAUAAGCUCAGCACGCAGCACCUCUACCACCCCACGCAAGUGGAGAUCGUGCAGUCCAACGUGGUGUUUGACAUCAGCAGUCUGAUGCUCUACGGGACGCAGGCGGUGCCUGUGCGGCUCAAGAUCCUGCUGGACCGUCUCUUCAGCGUCCUGAAGCAGGAGGAGGUGCUGCACAUCCUGCACGGCCUGGGCUGGACCCUGCGUGACUACGUCCGGGGGUACAUCCUGCAGGAUGCUGCCGGCAAGGUGCUGGACCGCUGGGCCAUCAUGUCUCGAGAAGAGGAAAUCAUCACCCUUCAGCAGUUUCUGCGGUUCGGAGAAACCAAAUCCAUUGUGGAGCUGAUGGCCAUUCAGGAGAAAGAGGGGCAGGCCGUAGCUGUACCGUCUUCAAAGACAGACUCAGACAUCAGAACUUUCAUUGAGAGCAAUAAUCGCACCAGGAGUCCCAGCCUCCUUGCCCAUCUAGAGAACAGCAACCCUUCCAGCAUUCAUCACUUUGAAAACAUCCCCAACAGCCUCGCCUUCCUGCUGCCAUUCCAGUACAUAAACCCGGUCUCAGCCCCACUGCUAGGAUUGCCUCCGAAUGGGCUGCUGUUAGAGCAACCAGGACUGAGGCUGCGGGAACCCAGCCUUUCGACCCAGAAUGAAUAUAACGAGAGCAGUGAAUCUGAAGUGUCUCCCACACCCUACAAGAACGACCAGACGCCCAAUAGAAACGCCCUGACCAGCAUUACUAAUGUGGAGCCCAAAACUGAGCCAGCCUGCGUGUCCCCCAUUCAGAAUUCCGCCCCGGUCAGUGAUCUGUCCAAAACCGAACACCCAAAAAGCUCAUUCCGGAUCCACCGGAUGAGAAGGAUGGGGUCAGCCUCUAGGAAAGGAAGAGUGUUCUGUAACGCGUGUGGGAAGACGUUCUAUGACAAAGGUACUCUCAAAAUCCAUUAUAACGCUGUUCACCUGAAGAUCAAACAUCGGUGCACCAUCGAAGGUUGCAACAUGGUCUUUAGCUCCCUCCGAAGCCGUAACCGUCAUAGUGCGAACCCUAACCCUCGCCUUCACAUGCCUAUGUUAAGGAAUAACCGAGACAAAGAUUUAAUUCGGGCCACAUCAGGGGCUGCCACCCCCGUCAUAGCAAGUACAAAAUCAAAUCUCACACUCACAAGCCCUGGCCGGCCCCCAAUGGGUUUUACCACUCCCCCACUAGACCCCGUCUUACAGAAUCCUCUCCCUAGCCAGCUGGUGUUUUCUGGGCUAAAGACUGUCCAACCAGUUCCUCCGUUUUAUAGAAGUUUACUCACCCCGGGGGAAAUGGUGAGUCCUCCAACCUCCCUCCCGACCAGUCCCAUCAUUCCAACCAGUGGUACCAUAGAGCAGCUCCCCCCAUUACCCUCUGAGCCAGCAGCGCCAGUAGUGAUGAUGGCCACUCAUGAGCCCAGUGCCGACCUGGCGCCCAAGAAGAAGCCCAGGAAGUCCAGCAUGCCUGUGAAGAUCGAGAAGGAAAUUAUUGAUACUGCCGAUGAGUUUGACGAUGAAGACGACGACCCCAAUGAUGGCGGAGCUGUGGUCAACGAUGGGAGCCAUGACAAUCACUGCCACUCGCAGGAGGAAAUGAGUCCAGGCAUGUCUGUGAAGGACUUUUCUAAGCAUAGCAGGACCCGGUGCAUUUCAAGGACUGAAAUAAGAAGGGCCGACAGCAUGACUUCCGAGGACCAAGAACCUGAGCGGGACUAUGAGAACGAGUCUGAGUCUUCGGAGCCCAAACUCGGUGAGGAAUCCAUGGAAGGGGAUGAGCACAUGCACGGCGAGGUGAGCGAGAAAGUCCUGAUGAACAGUGAGAGGCCGGACGAGAACCACAGUGAGCCCUCUCACCAGGACGUCAUCAAGGUGAAGGAAGAGUUUACAGAUCCCACUUAUGACAUGUUUUACAUGAGCCAGUACGGACUGUACAACGGCGGGGGUGCCAGCAUGGCAGCCCUGCACGAGAGUUUUACAUCAUCUCUGAAUUACGGCAGCCCUCAAAAGUUCUCCCCGGAAGGUGAUCUGUGUUCUAGCCCAGACCCCAAAAUCUGUUAUGUGUGCAAGAAGAGUUUCAAAAGCUCCUACAGCGUGAAGCUUCACUACAGGAACGUUCACUUGAAAGAGAUGCACGUCUGCACGGUGGCUGGCUGCAAUGCCGCCUUCCCCUCUCGCCGAAGCAGAGACAGAAACAGAAAUUUACGGAUGGAAAGAACCAUAGGUCCAGGACAUCGAGACAGCCUGCAUCUCCGUAGACACAGUGCCAACAUCAAUCUCCAUCGUAAACUGUUGACCAAAGAACUCGAUGACAUGGGCCUGGACUCAUCGCAGCCCUCCCUUAGCAAGGACCUCCGGGAUGAAUUUUUGAUGAAGAUCUAUGGUGCCCAGCACCCCUUGGGGCUCGACGUCAGGGAAGACGCCUCCUCUCCCGCGGGGACAGAAGACUCCCACCUGAACGGGUACGGGAGGGGCAUGGCGGAGGACUACAUGGUCCUGGACCUGAGCACCACCUCCAGCCUCCAGUCCAGCAGCAGCAUCCAUUCCUCCAGAGAAUCCGACGCAGGCAGCGACGAGGGGAUUCUCCUGGAUGACAUCGACGGGGCGAGUGACAGCGGGGAGUCGGCGCACAAGGCCGAGGUCCCCACCCUCGCUGGCAGCCUCGGGGCUGACGUUUCAGGAUCUCUGAUGUUCAACAGCUUGUCCGGGAGCAAUGGUGGGAUCAUGUGCAACAUUUGCCACAAGAUGUACAGCAACAAGGGGACCCUGCGAGUGCACUACAAAACCGUGCAUUUGCGAGAAAUGCACAAGUGCAAAGUCCCCGGUUGCAAUAUGAUGUUCUCCUCUGUGCGAAGCCGGAAUCGGCACAGUCAGAACCCUAAUCUCCACAAAAACAUUCCCUUCACUUCAGUAGAUUAGUCUCAGAAAGGACACUACAAAUGCCAGCUCUCACCAGAUGGCCUACGUAUUUGAACUGCCAUAGUCAGUGUGUGCUUGUGUACUUGGGAUGGUGUGUGUGUAUAUGUGUGUGUGUAUACACAUGUAUGCCUCUGUGUCUACGUAUAUAUAUAUAUACACACACACACGUUUUCUUUUCUUUAGAUACAAAAAGAUAAACACUAGGUGCUUUUGAAGUUUUUUUCUCUUUUUCCUUUAUAGGUCGGAUCUUUCAUUGGGGGGUGAAAACAAAGUACCCUUUAAACACAUAUACACACAUACACACAUACAAGCGUGCAACUAGCCCAAAUUUUGACAGAAUAAUAAUUCUUGGUCCUCUCCAAAGAGACAAUUUGUUGUGCCCAUGACUGUUGCCUGCGAAAAAAUAAAAGGGAGGAAAAAAAAAGAAACAAAAAAGGAACUCCUUACAGUUGUCUUUUGUGAACUUUAAGGUUUUGAGAGAAUCUUCAAUUAAAGCAUGGCAGAUUCACCUGUAAAUAUUUAGCCUUGAGAGGCCAAUGAUGUAAAACAGUUGUAUUGAUGGUUGUUUAACUCUCUUGUUUAAUUUUUACAGUUACAUCAGCUGUUAGAUAUACAGGAAACAAAAUAGUUUGCUGGCUACUCUAUUCAUUUAUGUUAGCAUUAAUGCACAUUUUUUAAGGAAAAAAAAACCAUGGUCUUGUUUUUACUACCUGCUAGAUAUAGUGAUAAAGAGGUGCUGGCAUGCCUUACAGCACAGAUCUGAUUUUUUAAAAUGUCCUGUCCUAGUACAUAAAUCCAGUCAUGCACUUUUUUUCAUACACUACAAGGGGAUGUGUAAUAUCCAUGCUUCUUUUUUAUCCUUAAACUAUUGCCAUACUUCAAGUAAGUGUCUUUUUAAAAAAAUUCACUUGUAUAAAAAUGGUCUGGUCAGUAUAGGGCACAGAUGCCAAACAAAAGUAUUAGUGUUAACACAAAACUGCCAACUUUGCACAAGUUUCCAGAAAAGAAAAUACAAUUAGUCACUCAACAUAACCACAGGCCAAUUUGUCGGCCACCAGAAAACCGCUUUAGAAAAAAACACUUGGUGAUUCAAGUGCCGAAUGUUAUUACAAUCAACACUGCAACCUUCUUGCUUAUAUGUUAAGUUACAUAAAAGGAAAACAAAAUUAUGUGGUGUGAAACAGCUAAGGCAUUUAUUCUUUAGAGGCUGGAUAAUAUUUCAGGAUACAAAAGCCCAAAUUACUCACUAUGGAACAAAGCUGAAUACAGUAAAAGAGUCGAGCACUCAUUCGCAAGGACCUAACCCUUAAUCCUUUAAAAAGAAAAAGUCUGAACUCGGUGGGUCUGUUGUGUGGCUAUGUAAUUUACUGCACGUUCUGCAGUAGUACUCUGAUUCAGGCUGGUUUGAUAGACAAAAUCAAAGACCUUUAACAGUGGCAGCAGCAGUACUUGGAAGCUUUGCAAACAUGUGCUGAACUUGAACUAAGCAACACUCCUUUCUGAAAAGCCAGAAGAAGGGGGUUUAAAAUAGGAUCUCUCACUGUUUAGUGUUUUGUGCUUCCCCACACGAUUUGUCAGAGAGAAAUGAAAGCAAGCCUGAAACCAAGCAAUCGAGAGUGAGAAAGAGGAGGGGAGAGGAUUCUCCAAACCUUUUCUGUUGUGUUUUGUUUUGUUUCCGAUGUUUACACAUGUUGCCUGAGCUGGUUUACCACAUCAGCUGCCUCGGCUACCACAACAUACUGACUAAAUGAUGAUAUUUACUCAAGUUCAGUCUGCAGCCAAAACCAUUAGGGUGUGAGUUGCAGACUGUGUUUUGUUGUCUUUUUUUUUUUUUAAGUGGAGGGGGAAAAAAAAGAUAAACAAGGAAUAUUUUUUGUCAAACAGUACACAGUAAUUUAAAGAGAAUGUAUUUCUUUUCUGCAUUUAAGGGCCUCAAACAUUUCUCUCAGCAGUCUAAAAGUUAGAAAUACCCCCUUUGUCUUAACUUUUAAUGUUAUUUCCAUUUUUCAUAUGUUUUGUGAUUUUUUUCUAGGUCCACAUCAGCAUUCACUUCUGUUAAAUUUGCCAAAGGAAACUGUUAACAUGUUUCUCUUUUUAUUAUUCCUGUAGGAUUUAUCGUACCUCACAGUAUUUAUUGUUUCCAAAAAUAAGCAUCAUUAGUUGAGGAUUCAGUAUUUUUCUUUGUGAAGAUUUCACAAAUGAUAGAUUCUUAAAGAUAAGCUAGAUGUGUCUAGGGGCUUUAUCUUUUCAUCUCCUUCAGAGCAUGCUAUGGGGUUCAUUUAAUUCUUCAUUUGUUCUACAGUGAGGAGAGACCAAAAGUAUUUGCAGUACAAAAGAAAUUAUAUCAGACACUAUGUCUGUUAAAUGACAAAUGUUUACGGUUAAAAAAGCUGAGGAAUUAGUGCUAACCGUUUUUGUUUUCUUGUACCUUUGAAUUCCCCAAAGUCUUAAUUGCUUUAUUUUGGUGUUGUGUUUAAUUGAAUAGACAGAGAUGUUUUCCUUUGUUUGUUUUAUACCAUAUAAGACUCUGUACAGUAUGUUUGUGAAAGACUGAACUAGAAUAAUGAAAGUUUGUUUGCAAACAUUUUGGUUCUCUUAGCGUUCUCUGUGUUGCUGCUCUUGCCCUAUUAUCCAAAUGAUUCGAUUCCAAAAGAGUGGAAAAAAAAUAUUUUUUGGUAUCCCACCAAAAGAUUAUGGAAACACUAGCUUUGGGAGUGUGCGUAGACUAAAUGACACUUUGUUUUAUGAAAAUAACAAAUUUUCAGCCAUUUUUAACAGUUACACUCUAGGUUGAAAUAUUAGAACUCAUCUUGUACAAAAAUCAGUGUUUACUCUGUUUAAUUUAAUGUCAACUAAAAGGUCAAAGAGCCCUAAUGAGUGAAUUACAUAGCUGUCAGCAGGUCACAGCAAACGAAACAGGCUUAGAACAAAUGUUUGUUACUUGCCACAAACCAGGCUAGUGUGGAUAGCCAGUUAGAACAAGCCCAGGAGUAACAAGAUUCUCAAGGUAGAAGUUCCCUUGCUCAGAGCAUGAAUGUGUUCACCUGCCUUUUGUUGGAGAAAUGGCAGUGAGUCCUGGACAACUUGCCCUUUUUAAGUCUCUCCCCUUUGCUACUGUUGUGCCUCAGGUGCCCGCAUGUUAUGGUGGCCUUCUAAGUGGGUGUAUAACAUUUUCCAAUUUAAAGCCUAUUUGCUUAAAAGGGACAGGGGGAGUGGACGGAAGUGGUCCAUAAGAUGGAGAAUCAUGAAAUGUACAUUUCUUUUAGUCCCCCAGUGUUGCUUGUUCUUGGGUGUGUGCCUGAGUGCACUGUUUGGACUUAACUCUAAAUCUAGUUAAGAUGGUGAUCUCAAGGCUUAUUUGCAAACGGGAAGGAUAAAGAGAUCAGCAUUUUAAUCACUGAGCCCUUCAUCUUUGCCCACUCAUACUCAUUUCUUUUUUCAUAGGAGUUUCCUAUUGUGAAACAGGUUCUGUUCAGCUGCCUCCAUUCUAUGCCAGCUGAAAAAGGAAUAGGGAUGCAGUUUUUUUAUCCAAGCAGCCUUUUCCCAUUUGAUUUUAACCAGCAUUUUGUCACAGGUACAAAAUUGGGCAGUAUUAUUAACGUGCAUGUUUGCUAGGUGGUGUUGAAAUGUACUGUUUUGAUCAUUUUAAACUAUGUGUUUGUAAAUAUCAGAAAGGCUUAGCCUGCUUUAGGGAGUAUUUGUGUGUUAUGGAGGGGGACGACACAGAGCAAGAAUAGAUAAUUUGGUUUUAAAAAUGUGAUAAAAAGCGGGACAUUCUUUGUUCUGCUAUUAAUUGUAUCGAAAUAAGUCAAUGCAUUUCAGAUCUUAGUCCGGCUGCCCAGUUCAGCCUGAUGCCUUUUAAAGGUUUCAAAGUGUUAAUGUUUUCCUUCUCAAGGUGACAGACAUCUUUUGAAAUUGUUUUUAGCACAAUGGCGCCACUGUCCUUGUAGUGUAAUUUCUUUGGUCAUGAAUUUCCAGGCCCUUCCAGUAAGAGAAAGGCACUUCACUGGUUAACAGCCUGUUAGUAUAUACAUUGCUCUUAAAAAAAAAAAGCAAGCUUUGAAUAUAUCAAGAAUGGGCUGGCUAUUCCAGAGGCAUUCUCCUCAUUUUACUCAGGGGAAACCAUGCGCUAGGUUCCCACCAAAUAAAAAGUGACCUUUUGUUCCCCUUCCUCUGUACACACCCCUGACGUGUGCCAAGCAAAUAAGAACGGGGGCCCUUGGCAAUUAAAACAGAAAGAAGCCAGUAAUCAGAUUGAGAUGGACAUGCUGCUAACUGCCAGCAGUUGACCUGAGCAGUCCUAACUUGCACUUGGUCUUUAGCGUUGGGUUAGAUUGACUAACAGAGUGAAUAAAGCUCAGCCCUCGUAAGACACGCUCCAUCUGCUGUCAUCAGAAACAGAUCAUCCGGAAGAAACCUUCUCUGAUCCUGUGGACACACUCCUUUUCUUGAACUUUUCAAAAUUAUGACAAAUUUCAGGGUUUUUUAAAAUCACUUAUAUUCCCCCGAACUUGGAAUAUUUAGAGGAUUUUGCUUUUCCCUCUCAUUCUUUGUCUAAUGGGAGGGGUCUGAAUGAGUACGGAGGGCAAUAAAAGGCAGGUGCCAAAGAGAAUGGAGGGGAUCACAGUUUUUUAAAGCAGAGUGAGGGCUAUUAAGUAGAGGAUUCGUACCUGCCCUGGCUUGAAGGUAACUAGAAAAGAAAAUAGUGAAGGCACUGAAACGGUCACGAGAAAAGUCUGGUGCAGCUCAGCCUAGCAGCCAGUGAGAGCACAUUGAUGCAGUGCCCCCCACGACCAGGUGCAUCACUGAACCCCAGUCUGAGGAGGGAGGAAGGAAGAAAGGAAGGCUGCUGCCUGGAAUAGCUCAAGUCCCUUUCAGAUCACGGGAGCCAGCUAGGGCAGUUGUGGAGGGGGUGUUCUUUUUUUCUUUUCUUUCUUUUUUUUGGAGUGGGAAGUGAUGCUAGAGUCCCUUAGGGAACAAAAAGAUCCAUUGGGUCAACUAGGUCCUAGAAAAGUCCAAUGGUCAAACCAAGCUCUAGUUGUGACAAGUGGAGUUGAAGGGCAUGGUAGCCAGCAUGGAUCUGUUCUUUCUCCAUCAUUACUGUGGCUUGCCCCCGUAGCCGUGGUUGUAAUGCUAUGUGGCUAAAGAUCUGUUGAUCAAAAUGUGAGCUCAUUCACCUUUCUACGAAGCAUAAGAGUAACUUUUCUGUUUUCAUAUUUUCCCUCCAAGCUGAACUGUGUGUGGUAGGUAGCCUUGCUUAUGUUAGCGUUAAGGCCAUAUCUGCUCUGUCCUAUAGUUGGAGAGUUGCUCACUGUAAACAUUAAUUUUCCAUUAGUAUUAUGUAAAUCCAGCUGUAAAACUGACUAGUGAAUUAAUCUAACAUCACUCUUGCCCAGACACCCAUCCUUUCCUGUGUCCUCCCAUUAUCCUCAUUCUUCCCACAUUUUGCACAAAAAUUAUGUUUAUGGUCAUUCGGCAAUAACUGGACAUCAAAUAGUGUCUUUUUGGCAUUUGUUGAAAAAUCCAAAUGCCUAAUAACAGGGGGUUUAAAAAAAAAGCUAAGCAUUUUUACAAGUACACUGAAUUGGAUCAGCAUUAUUGUUCAUUAUAAUGCUAUAUAUUUUUUUGAAGUAACGUACUAUAGUUGUCAUAAAACUAUCUUUAUUCUUCUCCUCUGAAGUGUUGUAAAUUCAUUUGACCUUUACUGCAAAAAAAAAAAAAAAAAAUCUUUUCUAUAUAGUGUAUCAAGACAAGGCUCAGUUUGUAACAAAUAGU